AUGAUCGAUAUCUUUUCUGCGUUGCACUAUACCGAGGAGAAACAAGUGACCUUUGCUGUAUUCCAAUUGGAGGGAGUAGCCCGUUCUUGGUGGAAUUUGAUAAGAUUGAAAUGGGAAAGAGAACAAACACCGAGGAUGUGGGUAAACUUCAUGAGGGAGUUCAAUACAAAGUAUUUCCCUCCUCUAACUCAAGAAAAGAAUGAAUAUGAGUUCAUUACGCUUUGCAAGGGAACUCAGACUGUAGCCGAAUAUGAGAGCCAAUUUACUUGGUUCUCUAAGUUUGCUCCCGAACUAAUUGUGAUCGAGCAAAGGCGAAUAAGGUUGUUUGUUCAAGGGUUGAAUGUAGAAAUUCAAAAAGAUCUAGCGGUAGCCCAACACAACACAUUUAGUGAUGCUAUGGAGAAAGCCCAGCGAGUUGAAAGUACGAGGUUACAAGUUAGAAACUUCCAAGCGAAGAAAAUAGAUAUUUCUGAAAGUAGCUUAGAGCAAGGGGAUAAGAGUACAGCUCCUAAGUUAGGAAGGGGAGUUGGAGGUGUGAGAAUUCCGGGGAUAUCAAGAGGUGCCUCACAGGGAGGCUCGGUCUCUGCUUCCCAUGGUCCCUGCGGGUAUUGUGGGAAGCCGAAUCACACGAAGGAUAUCUACUGGAAGAAAGCAAGGAAAUGCCUACGUUGUGGGAGUGUAGAUCAUCAGAUCGCUAAUUGCCCAGUCCUACCUCGAGAAGGGAGUGGGAACCGACAGUCAACCAAGACCAACCCUGGACAGUUGAAAGGGAAAGGGGCUGGACCGAAGGUGCAGGCUCUGGUGUAUUCCCUAGAGCAACAUCAGAUCCAUGACUCGCCUGAGGUCGUAGAAGGUAUGAUCCCAGUAUUCCACAGCUUAACUACGAUUUGGAUAGAUCCUGGUGGUUAG